GAAAUGAAUGAACUUACAAACCUUGAAAAUUGAAUCUUGCUUGCUUGAAACGCAUCAAUGUCAUUGAGAAAUUGAGUGUACAAGAUCGAUUGAAUCAAUAAUAUUAUUAAAAAUAAAUCGUAAAAGCCGCCUAAUCGCGUAAAACUGUUUCAUCCGUUUAAUUUGUUGGCAUUCCUUGCCUUAUCAUAGGAAAAACAUUAAAAGUUUACUAGAAAUAAUGUGAAAACACGCGACUGCGGAGUAUAAACAAAUGUUGUGAUAUCGUGUUUUCCACGACAAAUAAUGAGUGAUUUGUGCGAUGAGCAAGUUAUUCACGAUAACAAUUACACUAAUACGUACAGUUUGUGGGGUAACUCGAAGUAUUAUGAUAUAAAAAACUUGUCUCCGCAAAAUUUCGCUAAUCGCAAUGGUACUAUUGGGAGUGAAAUUAGCCAGGAGCUUAAGAGUUCGCGAUGGUCGACGCCCCCGGCUGAAGAGCCGGCCCCGGAGCCCGAAGACAGUCGUAGCCGGAGGAUAGUGUACCGAGACUCCUUGUACGAAGAUCCUGAUCUGUUUUACCAGGAAGCCCCCGAGGAGAGCCCAACCAAAAGCCCUACGUUCGACUGGACUCAACACUACUGGCACAAGGCUUCCGAGAAACCAGGCUUCCACGACGGGUCCCGGGAUGCAGGCCAGGGUACCAGCAGGAGUAGGAGACAGCCUAAUGUAGGGCCAAAUAAGAUUCAGAAGAAACUUGAUAAAAUGUUGGCUAAACCUGUGAAAAUGAGUAAAGCGGAAAGUAUGAUGCAGAAGAUGGGUUGGCAGGGCGGAGCGCUUGGCAGGAGUGGGGAUGGUAUUGUGGAGCCAAUAGCGCCCAAUGCUGUCUAUGCCAAAACGAAAUUCGGUUUCGGCCAAAACCACCAGCCACUAAAAUCGCCGAAACACAAAAAAGCAGAAAACAAACAGUUUUUCGAAAUGAAUGUGCUUCUAAACAUUUUCGAGUUCGUCAAAAAUAACUCCGAAUUCGAACUGCUUUUCGACAAGAAUUUGAAAAAAGACGAACGGAAACGGAUACACCAUUUAGUGGAGUUUAAGAUACAGGGUGAUGAUCUAACUGCUGUGGAUUUUGAUAGUCCUGCUCAAAUGGAUUUGGUUUUGCAGAUAAAUGAUAAAAACUGUUAUGUAUUGCAAACGCAGAGUUAUGGGACUUAUCCUGUGAGGCAACUCUGCCUCUACAAAUUGGCUCCACCCCACGUCUAUCUAAUCGUACCAGAUGACUUAAGAGACGAACCAACAGACAUCUUAAACACAGAAAACGGCGAAGAAGUAUUAAAAGUCGAAAUUGAACCUCCAAAAGUACCAGAACCUCUAAAAGUACCACAAGAGCCUUUAAAAGUACCAACAGAGCCUUUAAAAGUACCACCAGAGUCAUUGACCGAUGAAUUGGAGAUUGAGGAAGAAACGAACCCGUUUCUAAUAAGCAUAACAAGGAAUUUAAAGAAGAAAUCGGAUUCGGAAUGUCUAGAAGAAAAGGUACAAGAAGUACCACAGAUACCAGAAGUACCAGAGGCUUUAGAGGUACCAGAAGAAAAAGUACCGAGUCUUCCAGAAAUGUCAAAAGUUAUGAGAAAAAUUGUGGAGUUUUUUAUCGAAUUUGCUGAAGAUAGAAAGUUUUCUCAGUUUAAGUUUUUGGGGCCUUUUAACGAGGAAGAAGAUAGUGCUAUUAAUGAGUUUAUUGAGCAAGCUAUAGUUUAUUUGAGUAAGGAAGGCGUGUGUACGAUGGAGGCCAUUUUUGAAAAAGUCCUUUUCGAAAUCAACGAAGACUGCACUGGGAAUACAGUGAUAUACAAGAGGCCGGUAUAAAGAAUGGAUAUUCAAAAUUAGUUCUUAAGUUAUUUAAAUUUAAGUUUAAGAUUGUUUGUUACGAAAAUAUUAAGGUAGCGAAACUCGCGUCGAAUUUGGACAAUUGAUUUAUAGUGACCAUUUUUAUAGACAUCCUUU